UUACAGUGCACUGGAGCUAGCCAUUGCAGCGGAACGCGAUCUCAUUGAGAGCGGGUUGCAGCAGGUUAUCAGCACUUCCUCUUUCAUUCUCCAUGCGCGCUGUAUAUAGGCGAGGCCCUCGGAAGCCGUUUCUCGUUCUCGCUGCAACUCGCGCUUCCAUAGAGGCAAUCGACGCGCGUUUUCUCGCCUCUGUUUGCCUCGGCCGGAAAUACCCUAGAAACAUUCUUUCGCGCUCAUCCUUGCCUCGGUGGCAUCGCGUACGUACCAACUCGGGCGCCUCCAGCAACUCUCCCAGAAACGCACCAGCCGCAAAGCCGCCGGAGCUCCGCAUUCCGUGGCCGGUCACAAAGAUUGCGAGGACAGCCGCAACCAUGGAGAAAAUUAAGCAAGCCGAAAAGGCUGCAAUUUUCGGACUCAAGGCCUUCAGAAAGCACAAGGAGGUGAUCCCUCUUGUCGCGAUCAUGUCAGUGGCCACCAUCGGUUGCAUGGGCUUCAGCAUGUACACAAUGAUGAAACCGGAUGUACAGUGCAGCAGAAAAGACGAGAUCCCGUCCUGGAUGCGGUACAAGGCCGACAAGACACAAAAGCUCUACGUAUCGGAAAAAGACUGGAAGCUUGACGAACGGGCCGUCGAGCUGGAGAAACUGCGCAAAGAGAUCGGAUCCACGCGCUGAGCCUUUCGCCAGUCCAAGGCACACAACUCGCGAGCCUGGCGUCAUUUCAGUGUUCGUGUUACCUCGUGUAGGUUGCGACUUCAAGUACUCUGCCGAUCUGUGAUCAGGAACAGAAAAUUUCAGCUGACUUCUGCCUAGUUCCAGUUCACUAGGAACGCAGUAAACAUUGCUUAAAAUUUGCUUGCUGGCAGCUCGUUUUGCUUGGAUAUGCCUGUCUUAUUGUCAUUACCAUAAAGGUGUCGCUGACUGCGAAAUUAAGGAUUGCGUUUCGUCCAUUGGAGGGGUCGAAUAAUUGUGCUGUAUCGCUUUUUAAUCUGGUGCUGUCGCCUGGUUUGUGCACUGUAGCGACUAUGUUUCUACUGGUUGCAAAAACUCUAUUACACUGAACGUUUAGAGGGGAAGAGACUGCACAAAGUCGUAAAUAUUUUGCAGUGCUCUAAUCGGAGCUUCUCUCACAGCCAUAUGUAAAUCCGGUAGAGAAAGAGUUUCACUUAUUUUU